AUGCUUUUUGUCAUCAUGUGCGACGCACUCAACCAGCUCGUCGUCUUUCCCUUCCUGCCGUUCAUGAUCCGAGACCAGCUGGAGCUCGCUCCGGACGACCCCAAGCUUGGUAGUCUAGCUGGGUUUGCCGCCGCGGCCUACAAUGCCGGGCAGUUUCUCGGCGCACCGCUGUACGGCACCGCCGCCGACCGUCUCGGGCGCAAGCCGGUGCUGCUCGUGUGCCUGAUGCUUAGCGGGCUGUGCAUCCUGGGCUUUGCUAUGUCGAGCUCCUACGCAAUCUCGCUUGGGAUGCGGUCGGCGCAAGGGUUCUUCUCUGGUGCUGUCAUCGUCGGAAAGAUUGUUUUGUUCGACGUGACCACCCCUGCGACUGAGGCUCAGGUGUUUGGUAUGAUCGGCCUCUCCUUCGCCUUCGGCUACAUGCUCGGGCCGACCAUCGGAGGCGUGCUGGCGCAGCCGAGCGCACAGUACCCGGCCCUUUUCGGCGGGGUGGCACUGCUCGAGGCGCACCCGUAUCUGCUUCCGUGCGCAGCGACAUUUGCCUUUUCAAUGGUGGGGCUGGCAGGCUCGCUCCUUCUCCUGCCGGAGACCCACCCGAGGCUCGGCAAGGGCGCCGCGCCCUCUAACGCCCGCCCUCUCCUCGGGCUCGACCGGCGCACACCGAGCCGCGACUCGCAAGUGGCCGGCGUCGCGGCCGAGCUCGCGACGUACGUCGAGACGCUGCCCGUGUGGCUCGCUACGCCCGUCUCGGGCGGCGGCCUCGGCCUCUCAUCCUCCUCCAUCGGCGUGCUCACCGCCGUUGGAGGCUUCUCGCUGUUGCUCACCUCCGUCUCCACCGGCUUCCUACUCGGCCGCUUUGGUGGAGCCUACGUGCUGCACCUCGGCUAUGCGCUCAACGCGCUGAACUCGGCCGGCCCGCCGCUCAUCGCGUUGCUCCUCGGCUGGUGGGCCGCUGCGCCGCCGCUCCUCCCCGUCGCCAUCCUCGUCGUGUGCUGCUGCAUGAACAUGGCGAGCAAGUCCUUCGCCUUCACCGCCGUCACGAUGCUCUCCAAGGGCUGCGUACCGCCGGCCGUGCAAGGCCUCGCCCUCGGAGUGAACCAGUCCUGCUCUAGCACCGGACUCGCCCUCGGCCCGCUUGCCUGCGGCGUGGCCUACUCGGCAACCGUCGGCCUCGUCGGCCCUCAGUGGGGAGCAGCGGUCUUCUUCCUGGCGCUCACGCUCGUCGGGCUCGGGGCGAACAUGCUAGCAAUAGGCAUUGAUUCCAACACCUGA